AUGAGCUUGUCAGAGGAGAAUCACCUCUCCAAGGGAUGCCUCUGGAGCCUUGGGCGACAAAGGUCCACUAUGAAAGCCAGUCCAGCUCCUCGCUCUCUCAUCCCCUUCUCUUGCCUCCUUCUCCUUGGGAGUCAGGUGAACCUCUUGACCCAAGACAUGUCCUGCUACGACCAGUGCCGCCCAUGCCAGCCCUGCCAGCCCUGUGGCCCGACCCCACUGGCCAACAGCUGCAAUGAGCCCUGUGUCAGGCAGUGCCAGAACUCCACCGUCGUCAUCGAGCCCUCCCGCAUCCUCAGCUGUGUGGGAGUGCCCAUCCCCUCUGGCUGCUGUGACCUCUCCUGCAUCCCCAGCCGCUCCUGUGGCAGCAGAUGCCGCCCCUGCUAAAGAUGCUGCCAACGGCCUCGCAUAAGGACCCCCAGGAACUCAGAUCCUG